GGACUGUCCCUGCGGCCGUCACGACCUUUGUGGCCGUCGGGACUUCUCUGCUAAAGCGACUGCAAGACCAUGAGGGUGACCGAGUGGAGACGUACCGGGAGCUGGAGAGCGUCUUGUGGGGAGACGACGGCUGUUUGACGAGUGGCGUUGUGAACCGCCUGAUAGCAGAGGCGUUGAGUGACAUGCGAGCAGCCCAGGGUGUGACAGGCGACGUGAAGAUGGCCGCUAGCGACGUCCUGGUAGCUCUGGCCCGCUCCCACUUCCGCUUCGUCAUGUCCGAGCUCCAGAGCCAGCUGAAGGCCAUGAGGAAGGUCCCUGAUGAGAUUGUGCUCCUCACCUUGGGCAAAAUGGCCCGCAGAUAUGCCCUGCGGUGCAUCCCCUUUGCGGGAAUGACGCUGCUCGCCCUGCACGCCGUGCUGACCCAGGUGGGGAGCGGUGAGGUCCUGCAUGCCGUCUGCAGUGUUCUGGAGCAAUGGUCGAAAGGAGUCAAUACAUACUUCUGCAGCUGGGAGCAAUGCCCCUUCCCUCGCAAGGGGGUGGCACAGUUCUGUGAAGCCAUUUACCCGGUCUUCCGCUAUGUAGUGGCAAAUUGGCUGGACUGCAAGGAGGAGGAGGACAAGCAGGCUGUCCUCGGGGCAGUGGCUGCCAUGCUGGGGGUCCUUCUGCAUGAGGAGCAGCACCGAGAGCAUACCUGGGAGCAGCUCCUCUGGCUCCUGCAGCAAUACCAGGAGGUCCGAGACACCUCCCGGGUCACCAAGAGCCUCAGCUAUGUCCUGGACAUACUGGAGGGAGUUCAGACCCCAAUCCCGCAGGGCACGGCUCUUGCCAUCAGCACCACUGUGCACCGCCAGCUCUCUGAUGUGACCGAGGAGACUGGCCUGGCCCAGAAGGCAGUGCUGUCCCGCUGCAUCGUGCUGCAGGCACGAAUGCGCCCCGAGGAGACAGGCGUGUUUCUGCGCUCCCAGCUGAGCGGUGGGAGUGAGGCCGGUCGCGUGGCAGCCCUGGGCCUGCUGGGAGUGCUGGCCCACUCUGACGCACCUGCGGCGAGAGAGAAGCUGCCCCAGGUGGUGGAGGCCACGCGCUCGUUGUGCAGUGACCCCAGUGCCCAGGUGCGGAGGGCAGUUCUGGAGUUCAGCAGGGAGCUGCUCAGCUCCGGAUCCCAGAGCUGCUGGCCAUGGGAUGUGGUGGGGCACAUCUUCAGCGAGUUCAGCCGGACCUCGGGCAGACUGGUGGCAGGAGGCCUUUUUGCCUGGGAAAACCCAGAGGAUGGAGCAAUUCGAGCCCUGUGCAUGGACAUCCUGGGCUCACUGGACGUCACUCUGAGAGGGAUGACCAAACUCCUGUGGCCGAGGCUGCUGCAGUACGUGGUGCCAGCCCAGUACAGCGGCAUGCUGAUCCCGCUCUCCCGCUGUCUCCAAGCCCUGGUUGAGAGACGGCAGAGAGCGGGCUGCGAGGAAGAGGAGGAGGAGGAGGAGCCGGGUGCCGUGGACUCCCAGGAGCAAGCCCGGCUGCCGGCUCCCCAGGCCCUGCUGGCUCGACUGCUGGUGAUGGCGGCAGCUCCUUACCCGAGCCGCGAACGCGCAGUCGCUGCCUUGCAGCUGCUGCAGGCCCUCCGCGGCAGGAUCCACAGAGGCUUGGGGGUGGCGUGGGCGACCGAGAUCCCCCUCCUGCUGCAGUACCUGGAAGGAAGAACUGAGAGCUCGCUGGCCUCUGCAGAGUGGGAGCGCCGUGUGCUUAAGUUUCUGCGAGCGUCGCUGGAGCCCGUCGAGGACAAGGCCUGGACCGUAGGCCUGAGCCAGGAGCUGAGCCAGCGGCUGGGCAGCUCUGCUGCUGGCUCCUGGGAGAAGCUUUUCCUGUACAAGGCUCUUGGGACCGUGCUGGCAGCUUGUCAGGACCUCAGACACGUCCAAGGGCAGGUGCUGAGGUUCCUCCAGGAGACCAACCCUGUGGAGCUGUCUGAGGCCAAGGGAAUGAUUUCUGUUGUGUCCCACGCUGCCGAGAGCCACUUCUGCCUGCUCUUGGGCACCCUGACUGUGUUCUCUGCCGCUUUCACCAGAGGCUGGGCCUACCAGGCUUCCACGGGCUGGAAGGUAGAGCGGCGGCAGAGGAUGGGGAGAACGCAGACCAUUCGUGCUGCUCUCAUGCGCACCUACAGCGGCAUGGCGCUGCACGCCCCCAAGGAGCAGCUGCUCGCCUGUGUGGAUAAAGAAAUCAUGGGCAACAUCCUGAGGCUCUCCAGAGAUAAACAGAGGGACUUGCAGCUCAAGCUCGCCCUGGUGCAGAGCGUCACCGAGGUCAGUUGUGCCAUCCAGGCUGUGGGCGACUGCGGCAGCUUUGAGCUCUCCUUAAAGCAGGAGGCGACGCGGACCCUGCUGGACUGGAUAAAGAGGGAGCCCUGGGACUCCCUGGUGUAUGGAGUGUUUCAGGCCCUGGAGGAGUUGAGCAAGCUGAGGCCGCCUCUGAGCAGGAAGGAAAAUCGCAACCUGCUGGCAGUGUGCUGCCAGAGUGUUUUGUCCCAUCCUUCCGAGGAGCGGAUGAAAAAGGGAAGGAAGAGCGUGAGGGCGGCCGUGAACAUGGAGCUUCUGCACAGGAGAGGCAUGGAAGAUCUGGGCCACCUGAUAGAAACCCUUCUGGAGGCUGAGGCGACCUCUGCCUGCUUUGACGACGUGGUCCACGUCCUGAAGUGCUGGCUCACCUCAGCCAAAGCAUGGGAGCGGGAGAGAGCCCUGCGGGUUUGCACCCACGUGCUGGGCGCUUGCAAGGAGCGAUGUGAGCUCGUGAGAGGAUGUCCCUGCAAGCAGUUGGGCUCCCUGGUGGGACUGCUGGGGUCUCUGACCGGCGACUGCCUGGCCACGUGCCGCCAGAGGGCAUGGGUCUGCCUUGGCUACCUUCUCCAAAUGCACGCCAAGAGCAUGAAGGUGCCGCAGGCAGGUGAGAUCCGGUGCCUUUGUGAGGAGCUGAACAGCCCGGACACCGAGACUUUGGUGAAGACCCGUACCAAAAUAACAAAGGCUGUUUGCAGAUGCAUCCCUGCAGCGCAGGCUGUGGACUUUCUGACUGCCAUCCUGGACAGCUUGCUGCACGUCAUGCCCCCACAUGCAAGAGUAGUGUGGAAGUGGGUGUUCAUCUUCCUGGGGGAAUGCAGAAAGGAAAUAGUCCAGGAGGUGCCAAAAAUCUUGAACACCCUUUACACCUGCAUGCAGCAGAGCACCCACAGGCCCUUCCUGCUCCGUGCAGUGUUUCUCCUCACCCACUUUCACCAGGAGCCCGUAACCAGCAGUCUCCUCCAGAAGAGUCUGCUGAUGGACAGUGACACGGUGGAGCUGUGGAGGAGCCUGGGGAGAAGCAUCCUUGGGAUUCGGAUCCUGAGGUGCUUAGUGCAGAAACUAAACAGAGCAGGAAACCACCGCCUGGGGACGGACUCCUCCACUUGUGGGCGGCACAACCGUCAGACGGCUGUGGAGACUCUGACGAUCACCCGUGCCAUCUCCGAGGUGGUGCUUGCCCUGAGGAGCACGGAGGAGCUCAGGCAACUGCUUCCCCACCUCCUUCCCAGCCUCCUCAGGUGGGCCAGUGAAAUGCUGGGUGGGGAGAGGCUGCUUUUGCUCAUGAGCACCUGGAGAGAACUGUUCCUCGAGUGCCACAUGCAAGUGGAGAAGCCGUGCAGGGUUUUCCUUUCAGCUCUAGAGUUGGUGCUGGGCAAAUGCAUGGCGCAGAAAUGGACGCAGCUGCUCAUGAAUCGGGGAGUGUGGGCUCGCCUGGAAGACCCCCUGGCUCACCCUGAGGGGGUGCGUCUCCUGAGCAGCGUCCUGCUCCACGCUGGGCUCGUCUCCCCCUGUCUGGUGAAGAACCUCUUGCCGUGGCUGGUUUCCUGCUCAGUUAAACUGCGGGUGACAGCUACAGCUUUCUUUGCUGAGGUAAGGCAGGAGAUGGGGAAGGAAGGGCUCAGAGGGCUUUCACUGAGAUACUGCUGCUCGGGAUGUCUUUUUUUGUGGGAAGAUCCCUGGCGAACGGGUCCCUGGAGCGGGGUGCCCAGGGGAGCGCCUGGCCGGGACCAGGUCCCCACGGCGCUGCCUGUCUUGUUGCUCCAGAUCUCUCGGGGCGGCAGGACGACGGGGACCUCCGAGUGA